UUCACUUUAGUUGAGGCCAAUCAUCCUCUCUGUCUGUCUCUUUUUCACUCUCUCUCCCUCUCUCUGAGACAGAAGUCAGAGCUUUCCUCACUGACAGCCUCAAGUACUCACAGCACUUACUGAAGCCUGAGACAGACACUGCAGACCAAGACUAAAACUACACUGAAAACUUUUUUUCGCUGUUUUACUUCAGAUUAUUUUUCAUUAGAGGGAGAAAAAGUUGAUCUAGUUUUUUUUUAAAGGGAUAAGCUUUUUUUAUACAGAGAAUAUAGAAGGAAAAAUAGCAAGCCUAUAAAACCUGGUGUCAGGAUGUCUGUGCAUUUACUGAACGGAUUUCUGCUGGUACUUUGCUGGAUUAUAGUGAGGAGUACGCCAACUCCAGGAUCUGAGGGACACAGUUCAGUCACUGACUGUCCAUCCUGCUCGAUCUCCAAAUUCCACAAGGAUGCACCCAGUUCUCAAACUGACAUGGUAGAGGCAGUCAAGAAGCACAUCCUAAAUAUGCUGCAUAUGAGGGACAGACCCAACAUCACCCAGCCAGUGCCUAAAGCAGCGCUGCUAAACGCUAUCAAGAAAGUUCACGUAGGGAAAGUGGGAGAGGAUGGCCAAGUGCAAAUAGAUGAUGUUAUAGCACGGAGAGCCGAAAUGAAUGAAAUCUUGGAGCAAACCUCAGAAAUCAUCACGUUUGCGGAAGCAGGACCCUCAAAAAAAAUACUCCACUUUGAAAUUUCCAAAGAAGGCAGUGAUCUAUUGAUAAUCAGGGAAGCGGAACUUUGGCUUUUCCUCAAACUAUCUAAAGCCAAUCGAAGUCGAGCUAGACUCACAAUUCGACUGUACCAGCAGCAACGUGGGCCAAAGGAGCACAGAGGAUCUGAUAAAAAUGAAGUGCUGAUUGCUGAGAAAGUGGUAGACACAAAGAAAAGUGGCUGGCAUACAUUCCCCAUAUCGGGGAGCAUUCAGCGUCUACUGAACCAUGGCAAGUCAUCAAUGGAUGUUCGAAUAGCCUGUGACCAAUGCCAAGAAUCGGGAGCAACCCCUGUCUUGCUUGGAAAACGUAAGAGGAAAGAUGAUGAGGACAAAGAAGCAGGGACAACUGUAGGUGAAGAAGAAAAAGAACAGUCACAUAGACCUUUCCUAAUGAUUGUGGCUCAACAGACAGAUGAUCACCCUCAUCGAAGGAGGAAACGUGGCUUAGAAUGUGACGGUAAAGUAAGCAACUGCUGUAAAAAGCAUUUUUAUGUAAGUUUCAAGGACAUAGGCUGGAGCGACUGGAUCAUAGCACCUCCUGGCUACCACGCCAAUUACUGCGAGGGGGAUUGCCCUAACCACAUUGCUGGAACAUCUGGGGCAUCUCUGUCAUUUCAUUCCACUGUCAUUCACCAGUAUCGAGUUAAAGGCCACAGUCCCUUCAACAGUAUCAAAUCUUGUUGUGUUCCCUCGAAGCUAAGAGCUAUGUCCAUGUUAUAUUAUGACGAUGGACAAAAUAUUAUUAAAAAGGAUAUUCAGAACAUGAUAGUGGAAGAGUGCGGUUGCUCAUAAAAAGGACAAAAUGCAGAAACAGUAUCUAUAAUCUAAUACACUAAUGCAGAAGACGACCAAUGACUUGCAGUUGAGCAAUGAUCCAUGGAAGGCUUACACCUGCAGCAACUAAUAUAUGAAAGGAACAUUUCCAGCUCUUCUUCCCAGGAGGAAAACUAACAGACUUACAAGCACGAGAAUCAGUCUGUAUAUCUAUAGAUACAUCACAUUCACUGUUUGCAUAGAUGCAUUUAUACAAGUUUGUAUGGAUAGAUAUACAGAGAUCCAGACCAUCUUAUAAGAUUCUAUACGUUUCUAUAUUGCGCAGGAGACUUGACUUCUUUCUCUGCACUAUUACUGCAAAAGAAAAAGAAUAAAUAACCACAAAAGCAUACAAAGUUAAAUUUCGCUAAGGUGCUUACUAUCUUAGAACUAUGCAACUUAUGGGGUUUGAAAACUGUUUACCCAAAACAAAGAAAAGAAAGACUUUUCAGUGGAAGUAACAUGUUUAAUAUUUUUGUUCUUUCAUGAGAGAUACUUGAAAGGAACAUGUUGGUUCAGAUACUGGAACCAAACAUUUCUAUAUUUUGUAAAAAAAAAAAAAAAAAGUUUCUUUUUUAUUUGCACUACAACAGUAUUUGACCUGUUUAAUAUCCUUAUUUAACAAGUAUUUUCAAGAGAGGUUUUAAGAGCUGCACUUAUCAUGAGCUAUAUCAGAAAUGCUACAGCACACAUCAAAAUAGAUAUUUUUAUGACUAUUUUCAAUAUUUUUUUCUACCUUUAAUGAGACACUUACACCAAAGACGCAUGUGAACAUAUAAGUCUGCCUGUGGUGAAUAAUCACUGAGCAUAUGGGUGGGAGGAAUUUAAAGGAUUGAGUGUAAAAGAAUCAAGAAAUGUAUCAAAGCCAAAAUUGUAUAUUUUAUUUCCAUUCAUUUAUGGGUAAUUGUCCUGCCCCCAGGGGCGGCUUGUAUUUCCUUAAAAAAAUGGCACUUCAGCAAUUUUAUCGCUAGAGCAUAUUUUAUUUCAUAUUUUCUCUGCCGAUUACUAUUCUGCCAAAUGGCUAAACCAUAAUCUAAGACUUUCUUGGAUUAGGGAAUAGAUUACCUGCAUGCAGUAAGUCAACAAUGCUAUGACAAUAAUGCAAGCUUCAUACUGUGCAGCAUCUCAUUUUGGUACAAAAUUCAGAUCUAUGCUACAGCAGCUUCCCUCCCCAGGAGUGGAGUUGACAUUGAGCUUCAUAUAAAAAAAACAAAAAACAAAUCAACAGAUCAUGACAAUAAGAGAACAUAUAAUGGCCAUCUACUAUAUUAUGAACAAAUUCUGCUUAAAUUUGUAUAUGGUUUCAUGUAUUGAUAGUAAAUACAUGCCUUUACAUUUUAAUUUAUUCCACAGUAUUUAGCUUGCAUCUAAUGGCAAUCUAUGUAAUUCCUUUUUCUACUGAAACAAUUCAAACUUGUUUUGGAUCAAAAGACAAAAAAAUUUAAAUGAUUAAAAAUGUAAAAGGACAUGAAACGUAAAAUAGAGUGUAAAGGUUUUACACUGCUGUAUAUAACUCAUUUUUAAGCGGGAAAUUUGUAAAAACAGUUAAUAGUUAAUUGCUUUAACAAAACAUUAUAUUUUUUUCUUUCUUCGCACUGCUAGUAAGCCUGAUGGGUUCCUUACACAGUCACAAUCGUAUGUUGGUAUUCAUUUGUCAGUUUACAUUGAAGCAAAAAAAAAAAAAAAAAGCAUUCCCUAAAACCUAAAGAGGCUCUAUAGAUGUCAAACUCAAUCAUUAUUUAAUUCUAUAAUAUGUAUAUGGUAUUUUAUGCCUAAUGUAUACACUACAUAAAUCCCAAACUGUUUAACACUGACCAAAUGAACACCUUUGUGACAAUGAUACCCAUUCAUUGGCUACCAUUGGUGUACUGACUCCGUCAUAAUCUACAAUAGUCAUUUAUGUCUGUCUAUAAUGUUUUGGAGAAUAAAAAUUUAAAAAUAUGUAGCUUCUCCUAAACAUUUAUUUUGUAAAAAAAAAAAAAAAAAAAAGGAUGUCACACUAAAUGUUUUAAAAUAAAUUCAAUUAGAGGUGGAAUAUCUGGAUUCUAACUUUGUACUGUAUUCAGUAGAGGUCAAUAAAUAUUACACUAUAAAAUAUGUAGUCAUGCAGGCAUAUCACUAUUGGGAUCCUCUAAAUGUAAUCCUACAACUUGACAAGACGACAUUAGCAGGUACAUAAUAACCACUUUUUUGUGAGCUGUAUAUUUGAACUUGUAAUAUUGUAAGGCACAGAAAUGACUGUAUAGGUAGUUACCAAAUACUUUUCUCAUAAAACUGGUAGGUUAUGAACAAUGUAACUGCACCUGCCAUGUAAAAAAAAAAUUGACAUGUCAAAGAGACAUAAGAAAAGUUUUUAUUGGUCAAACCCCAACCGGUCACAAGAAUGAGUCAGGAAAAGUGUGCACUUAGCACAUUCACAGCCUCAUAAUGUAGGUCAAUGGGGCUCUCCUGGUCUUAUAGACACAGAGACCUGUUCUCAUGAUUGGUCGGCGGGGUCUGGGUGUCCCUAGUACAUGUCAAUUUUUUUUUAUUGACAGGUACACUUGAACAAAAAUUUUUUAUGAGAUCUUAAUUUCUAUUAGCCACUAUUUAAAUAACAUAAGAGCGAAUUAUCACAUGUACUUAAAGAGACAUUGAAAGAAGUCAAUGACAUCUGAGCGAGGGAAAUGAAGGUCAGAUUAAGAGAGAAAUUAUAAAUAGACACAGGAGGCCAUUAUGUAUCCUGUGACUCAUGGAAAAAAAAAUCCAGAUCUCUUCAACAGUAUAUAGUGUCUUUUAUAAUUUACAAUGGAAGUGUAGGAAACAGAAAAUCGGCAAGACAAGAUGAGAGAAAAUAGGAUGGUAAUCAAGGCUGACCACUACUAAAUAGCAUGGAGGACAAUUUAGUUUAAUGAAAUCUGCAUGUCCACAAAUAGCAAUAGAAAUUGCUACCAUAUUUAAACAUUUUGCAGGCCGUAGUACAUGGAAGACAACCCUCCUUUUAGGUAGCUGUGGAAAAAAAAAUCCUAAUUAUUGGUAAAUGUUACCACAUUUUUUUCUGAAGUCCAUCUUAUCCAGAAAUGAUCUUUUCAUCAUUUAGCAUCUGUGAGGAAAAUAUAUAAUUUCUUCUAUCAAUGUGGUUUUCUUAAAUAGAUUUUAAAAAACAAUAUUUUUUUUAGUCACCACCUCCCUAUUCUUUUCAUUUCAUCUACAU